UACAAGAAAGCAUUAAAUCUAUACUAGAUGUUUUUAGACCAAUGGUUAACUAUGAGUCAUACCUUAGGCCAGAGUGUAAUGAUAUAUUAAAUAAGUUUGAUAAAUGGUCACUAAGCAAGGACAUUAUUGACUCAAAUAUUAGUGCAUUUAAUAAAUUCAUAAAUCAACACAAUUCCGAAGAUUUGGUUUUUAAAAACAUAAUAAUAACACAUAAAUUAAAAAUGGAUAAAAUAAACAAUGAAAGUCCAGUCUCUCCACAUCAUGAAAAUAUAAAACCCGGAGCAAAUACAGGUGCCAUCCCUAAGAGGGUAUCGAGUAGUAUAUCACGUAAUACUGAGUCUAAUGUCUCGACCGGAAGUAUACGUAGUAUUCGCGAGAAGUUUGAAAAGUUGUCACAAAAUAGCAAAACUGGGAAAUAA